GGGCUCUCGAAGUUGUGGUUGUAUGCAACGUAGUAAAAGUUUAAGUUAUGAGGAAGAAUCAUCAAGUGGGCGUUCAUCAUUAGGUGAAAUUGUACCCUCGACAGGCAAAAAACUGCAAUCGGGACAACAGCAACAUCGUAAUUUCUUGUCAUUAAUAUCACCAAGAAAUUUAUUUAAGGGGUUCAAGAAUGAUCAUUUAAGUAUGUCUAAAGUGGAAUUAACAAUGAAAGCAGCUAUAUUGAUACAACGUUGGUAUCGACGAUAUCUAGCACGUAUGGAAGUACGUCGAAGGUAUACAUGGACCAUAUUCCAAAGUAUUGAGUAUGCUGGUGAACAAGAUCAAGUGAAGUUAUAUAACUUUUUUAAUGCUCUACUAACUCAUAUACCACAUACUGGGAAUAAGACAUAUGAUUCAACAGUAACAUCAAAAUCCUCAUCAUUAGAUUCUUUGCUGUACAUCCGUCAACAUGGAGACACAUUGAAUAUGAACUUUGAAGAUGAAUCAGAGUGCAGUGAUACAAAUGACUAUGGCGAUGGAUUAAAUGCAAGCGAUCCAUUACAACCUGUAAAAAGUAAUUAUAAAGGUAUUCAUCUAACAUUCCCCUUAAAACGUGCUGAUUUGGAUGCACUUAUUGAUACGUUCAGAAAGAGAAAACAACAUCGACUGCAUGCGCGUUAUGUUGCUGGAAUAUUAAAAGAAGCAAUUGCAAAAUUAAAACGUUUACCGAAUUUAAAUCAAGCAUCAACAGCAAUUUCAAAACAAGUAACGAUUUGUGGUGAUCUACAUGGGAAAUUGGAUGAUUUGCUUGUUGUGUUUCAUAAGAAUGGUCUUCCAUCUGCAGAAAAUCCUUAUGUAUUUAAUGGUGAUUUUGUGGAUCGUGGUAAAAAAAGUUUAGAAGUUUUACUAUUAUUAUUGGCGUGUAUGCUUGUCUUCCCUGGGGGUGUCUUCCUCAAUCGUGGUAACCAUGAAGAUCACAUUAUGAAUACCAGAUAUGGUUUUAUACGCGAGGUUCAACAGAAAUAUAAGCACAAUUCAGAACGUUUGUUAAAAUUAAUAGAAACAGUCUACAGGUGGUUACCCUUAGGAACAAUUGUCAACAAUAAAGUGCUGGUGGUGCAUGGUGGUAUUUCAGAUACCACGGAUCUUGAUCUCAUUAAAAGUUUGGAUCGUGGAAAGUAUGUAUCACUGUUAAGGCCACCAAUUACAGAAAGUUCAGCACCUGGGGCGGAUGUCAUUGAUAAAGUAGAAUGGAAACAGGUAUUCGAUAUAUUAUGGAGUGAUCCACAACCUAGCGAAGGAUGUGUUCCAAAUGCGUUACGUGGAGCUGGAACAUAUUUUGGACCAGACGUAUCCAGAAAUUUUCUAAAAAACAAUAAAUUAAUGUACCUUGUACGAUCGCAUGAAUGUAAGCCAGACGGCUAUGAAAUUAUUCACAAUGGAACCGUAAUCACAAUAUUUUCAGCGUCAAAUUACUAUGAAUUGGGCUCAAAUAAAGGUGCAUAUUUGAAAUUAGUGGGACCACAACUAGCAACACAUUUUGUUCAAUAUACAUCAGCGAAAACAAAACGUUUAACGUUCCGACAAAGAAUUGGUUUAGUAGAAUCAUCCGCGAUACGUGAACUUAGUGGACAAAUUUUAGCAAAUAAAGCAGCUUUAGUGACCGAAUUUACGAAAUUUGAUCCUGAUAAUACAGGAUUAAUUACUGUUGGAGAGUGGUGUAAAUGUAUGGAAAAUGCUACAGCUUUAGGAUUACCAUGGAGAAUGUUACGCGAUAAACUAGUAUCAAUGGAUUCAGAAAGUGGAAAAGUUAUUUACGAUAGCACAUUUCAAGUCCAAAAUAUUCCAAAUAAAGCACAAUCGAACGCUAGUACAACUGUAGUUGAAACACUGUAUCGAAAUAAGAGCAGCCUUGAAGCAAUAUUUAGAAUAAUUGAUAAAGACAACUCUGGUUACAUAUCACUAGAAGAAUUUUCAGAAGCAUGCGCAUUAUUACGUGAACAUAUGCCAAAUCCAAUUUCAGAAGAGUCAUUAUUGGAUAUAUGUCGAUUAAUGGAUAUGAAUAAAGAUGGUUUAGUCGAUUUAAAUGAAUUUUUAGAAACAUUUCGUCUUGUGGAUAUGCGAGUACAUCAUUAUGAAAGUGAAUCACCAUCCAAAACUACUGGUAAUAAUUCCACAGCAUCAAAUCAACAAAAUUCCAAUGAAAAAUUAUAA